AUAUUUAAAUCAUUAUCAGAAGUGGCUACCAUCAUUUCACUAUUAUAUGUGUGAAGUAAAAAUUCAUUUAGUUCAGCUCUUGGGAAAAGAUCCAAAAGAAUUGAUGGUAUUAUCCGAAGAACACCUCAAUAUGAAAAUAACAUAUUCAAAAGAACUUAUUAACCUAUAUGAAAUACUUGCUCCCUGUGAAGUAAGACUUCUUGGUACCUUAUGUUUUGAACUUCAUUCUGCUAUUGCUGAACAGACUAGACGGAUCUCCUCGCAAAUGAACACAACACCAAAAGCAUUAUUGGAAGAAUCCCUACAUUACGUUGAGAAAUGUGUAAAUUAUUUGCAGUAUGAAUCAAAUAUAUUUAUUGAAGGCCACAUAUUGCAACAGGCAAGAAUCAAUAGAGAUGCCUUAAAUAUGGUCUUAAAACUAUGAAAUGUUAUAUAUAAUAAAAAUGAAUAAACAUGU